AUGAAUAAAAAUAUACCACAGAGUUUACUUUGUGAUUCUGAUACUAUAUCCAAUAAAGAAAAAGAAGAGCCUGCAUCCAAAGACACUAAUUCUAUUAACAAAUCUCCUGAUAUGGGUUUCUCUCCAAUUACACUUUCUAAAGAUAUUACCAAAAUUAAUUCAGACAUUACACGUUUAUCAACAAUUUUAAAUACACUAACUGAAAAUGACACGGGGCAUAUUGAAUUGAUGGACAUAUUUUCUCAAAAUAUUAAGAAUUUAGUACAUAAUCAACAGGUGCUAGAAAAUAAAUUGGAUGAUCUACUAAAGAAUCAACUCAUUACGGACCAAGUAGUAAAUAACCUAAGUAUCAAGUUAAAUGAUUUAUACAAAUAUAAUAAUAAUGUGAAUUCCACUGUUUUCAAUACCACGGACAAUACCAAUUCUAAAAAGGAGAAUAUUACUGGCUUGAGUGCCACAGAGAGUAUGAGUAAUAAUAAUGCUCUUACUGUAUCAAAUAAUAACAAUAAUAACAUAUUAACUACGAACAAUGCACUAGACAAUAAUUCAGUUAUCGUUCCUACUGGUCAAGUUACUUUGCCCAAAAGUAAACGUUAUUUCAAUGAACCUAAACUUAAUAUAAGGUUAUUAUCCACUGACUCCACCAAUAAUAAUAAUAAUAAUAAUAAUAAUAAUAAUAAUGAUAACAACGCCACUUUAUCAACAACAAAUGCUACUGCUACUGUUGCUGCAAAGAAUAGUGGUGAUAAUAAUGACAACAAUAAUGAUAGUAAUGAUACGUCUACCACGGCCAAUAAUAAGAACGUAUGUUCUGGAUCACAUAAUACCACCACAACAAAGAAAAGUCAUAGGGGACCUGGUAGGCCUAAGAAAUUUAAAAUUGUUGAAGGAUCAUCAAAUAUGAAAAAAAGUACUAGCGCAGAUGCUGCUAGUGGCGCUAAUGCCAAUAUUAAUACCAAAAAAAGAAAAAAUAAUACUUCCAAUAGCGUUACUACUAGCAUAAAUAAAACUGAUCAAAACACUGUCAAUAUUACUACUAAUACCGGCCUUAAUGCAGUUAAUUUGGAGGGUAAAAGGGAUGAAAGGGAAACUAUGUUAGUUAAUAUGAAAUACAGUGAUAGAGAAAAAACUAAAGAGUUUAUGGAAGAAAAUAAAGCACUAUUAAAGGCUAUGAGGAUAGAAGAAAGAAAGAAAAAGUUAUUGACACCAAGUGUCUUGAGCAUGUCUACUACCACUGCCAACAAAGACGAAAGCAGUACUGAGGCACGCGAUGUGGUGAAAGAUCAUGAUGCUACAUCAGGUAACGCCACAAAUAGUAGUACCCCUAUUAAUAAUAUUAGUGCAACAAAAAAACACAAACAUAUUGAUUUGGAUGACAGGAUACGUUUAUUUAAUCCACAUCUUUCCUCACCUACCGAUACCAUCACGACAACUGUUGGUGGCGUGUCUUCAAAAUUUUCUGGUAUACUAAACACUAAUUUGCCUGGAUUUAAUAAUGUUGCCGCUUCUCCUAUUAUCGCCAACACCAUUGCUACCUCUUCUUCAACUUCUCCUCCUUCUCCCCUUCCUCCUGCCUCUACUACGAGUACUAUUAUGACUAUUACUAAUAAUAAUAUGAACGAUAGCGACAAUAAUAAUAACAGUAGUAAUUCAGUAUUGCCUUUGCCUGUACCCACAACUACCAGUGUUACCUUAAAAAAUAAGACGACUAGUAGUGGUACACCUACUCCAAUUAACCAUACUAGCUUACCAACUAAAUUACCAUCCAUAAAAGCACCUCCCUUAACCGAUGUUUCAUUUACUGCUGAUAAAGAAGGUGCCACACCUACCAUUAACUCCAAUAACGACAAUGCCUGUAACUUACCAUCUCUACCAACCUCGCUGUACCAUAAACGAACAGACAGUAAUAACAGCAAUAAUACUGACAAUGGCAACAAUAACAAUUUAUCAUAUAUUCCCUCUGUUGCUGCUAUGUUAAAUUAUGAUCAGAGUAACAGUGACACAAGAAGCGGUAUCAUUGGUACUUUUAAAGGUGUAGGGGCCAAUAAUAAUAUCAAUAAUGAUACCCACGAUACAAUGCCUGGUAAGAAUGCUAUGACCGUAAACACUAAUGACACCAAUAUAGAAGAACCCAACAAUACUGAUACUACUCAAAACAAAAGUGAUAAUAGCAAAAAAAUUAGAUAUGAUAGAUCAAGAGAUACCGAUGCUGAUGAUCACGAACAACGGUUGCUUAAGAAGCCUAAAUGGAACAAUCGUGAUAGGAGUGAUAUAAAUAAUGUUCAAUCACCUGAGGUUGUAGCUGUUGAAAAUGCUAUCGUUGACGAAUCAGGAAACAUUUCUAAUACUACAAACACUAAUAAUGAUGAGCCAACUAUAAUAUCAUCGCCUAAUAGGAUGACUACAAGAAGUCAAACCAAUUCAGCACCGUCUUCAUCUAGCAACACUAAUACUGAUACAAACACCACCAUCAUUACCACCACCAGUAGUGGUAGUGGUAACAGCAAACUAAAAACAAAUACAUCUACAUCAUCUGUGACCACAGCAAAUACAUUAUUGGACUCAUAUGUGGAUUUAGUGGUUAAUAAUGGGAUUUAUUAUUACAAGGCCACUGGAGAAGUAUUUACUGUAGGUGAUUUUAUGGAGUUGAAAUAUAAAUCCAAAAUACCGGGAUUAGCUAAUGGUGAAAAUAUUGCAACGAUGGCUAACACGUCAGGAUCGAAUGUACCUAUAAGGAAUGCCAGCACUAAGACUUCUUCUAAAAUGCAUGAUCCUAUUAAACCAAGUAAUGUGGGGAAAAGCGGGGAGAAAAUCAAUGCUUACGCCUUGACUCCAGAAAUUCAACAAGAAUUGGAAUUGACAUAUAACCAGUUGAGUAAAAUACCGUUGAGCGAGAUUUUUUUCAAUACGUUACCGUACUUUUUAAUGGAAUUUAGAUGGGAGAAUGUGAUGGUUAAUAAAAAUAUUAAAUUAAGAGAAAGCAAACGGACAUGGCAGCGCCGUAAGGCAUUGUUUGCGUUAUUUGAGUAUUGGAGAGAUAAAUCUAUAACUAAAAGGGGAUUUAAAAAUUUUACAAUAUAUCACAGCGUUAAAGAAAUGGAGAGUUAUAGAAUCUUUUUGAGUAGAUCCGUAUCCUGGUUUUAUAACCAUAUAACGUUGUUAAAAGUUAUAUUAUUUGAUUUAUGCGAGAAUUCAGAUUCUCAAUGGAGGGAGUGGAUGUUCCCCAAGAAUUGUACCUUGCCUGAAUUAAAAGAUGAUGAUGUGACAGAGAACUUAAAUAAAUUAUUGAAUUUUUAUUUUGAACAGCAAGAAAGUGUACCAUCUUCAGUACCGAAAUUGAAAACAGCAGAGGUUAAUUCCAUAGUGGAUAAUAGUGAAGUUGGUAACAAAAACAAUGAAAAUGGACAUGUUAGUAAUGUUAAUGACGGUUCCACAGUGGAAGAUGCUAAGACUUCAGAGAACAUUAAUAAUUCUACGACAACAAUACCGACCACCUCUGUUACUAUUGAUGCCACCGAUAGUACGCCUGUGACUAACACUACGCCUGUAACAAAUACCACAACUAUAUAA